AUAAGGAGGGCAUUUACUAAGUUGAAACUCUAAACCAUUAGCAUGAAUUUGUUUUUAUCCCGUUAGUAUUAGGGAAGUACACGAAGUUUAUUGAAAUACUUCACAUAUAAAAAAAAUUGUUUUAAACCUUCCGCGAUCAUAAAUGAUAAACCCUGACAAAAGGGUUAUGUUUUCAAUGUUACGCAUGGCGACUGAUAAAGGAAGAAGGAAGUGAAAUUGUAUUCAGAUAGGAAUAUAUAUUUAAAUUUGUGAAAACGAAAUAAAUAAUUGUUUUUUUGGCAGUAUUGUUGUAAUACCAAUAAUUAAUGGUCCAUCAAAUGAAUUGGUACAAUAUGUCUUCGUUAAAAGCAUUGGUAUUGUUUCUUAGCUUAUUAAAUACAAACGGAAUGGAGCUUGUGUUACGGAAGUCUCAAGAAGAGGUUGAUGAGUUUCAACCGUUGACGCUGAUUUGUGAGCUAGUGAUGCUGCAUCCAGUUCGGAUGAUAGACUGGAUCAACAACGGCAAAACAGAAUUUAGCAUGGAACGUCACUGCUCUUCGGAGAUUUAUUCAACGAAGGACUACAACAUAAGUUGUGUAUCGUAUCAUCAAUAUAAUUUGACUAUUAACAAUGUAACCAGGAGAAUUCAUGGGGAUAUAUGGUACUGCCGUGAAGAAUAUUACUUGGACACACAAAGCAACGAUGUAGAAGUUCAAGUCAAAGUUCCUAUUUCCAACAUCAGUCUAUUUAACGAUAAACAAUUCGUUACUGUAUCCGAAAAUAAAAGUGCGUUAGUUCAAUGUGUGAGUCACGGAGGGAUCCCGGCUGGACAAAUCACGUGGAUUUAUGACAAAGGGACACCGGAUGACGUCAGUGAUGAUGUCAUUCUAACUGAGAUGAACAAAAAAAACAAUCACACAAACGGAUAACACAGUAACAACACAGAGUUACGUGGCCAUCAAAGCAUCCACAGCGCUUAUUGGAACUUCAUUAUACUGCAAGGCAACCAAUGAUAAAGUCAACUGGCUUUUCAGUAAUGGAACACUCAUUGCCGUUUUAUUAUUACCAUCUUCUGUUGAAGUAACGCACCCACGUACACAGUUUGUAACUGCUUACGAAGACAAGAGCGUGUACUUUGAAUGCGUUACGUCACAUGGAUACCCUGCGUCAUCUAUCACAUGGUAUAAGAUGACCAAUGGAAGUGAGGUCAUUAUAAGUGCAGACGGUUCUUCAAUUACAGAGAUGAAUGACAGGACAAUCGUAACAAAAAGUUGGGUAUCACUGACCUUUAGUAUUUUAGACGACUGGACAUUCGUGUACUGCACAGCCAAUAACUCUGCAGGAACUUUGACUUCGCGAAAUCGAGCUGCUGUUCAUGUUCACCAAGUAACAGAGAAUUUUAAAAUGGACAACAGUCAUUACGAUUCUACAUUAGCAAAGGCUGCAGUUGGGCUGUCAUCGAUAACUGGAACAGCAUUAGUCUUUUUAAUUGUCGGAUGUUUAAUAUUCAUGAAACUGCGUUCAUCCAAAGCCAAUCCACGAGAGAAUGCACAUGAUUCAGGACACUCGAAUCAAGCAAACGACCAAGGAGAAGACACUACCAGUAUCAGAGUUAAUUUGAAGGCUAUCGCAGAAGACAGCAGCUACUCGACAUUACAAAUGUAUGAGAACACAACCCUAAGAGAGCUAUACGAACCUAUGCAGAUGGCGGGAGUUUCUUAAGCAUGUAAUAUGAAGUCAUUGUUUUUAGUUGCUCAACUGUGUUUCAAGCAUAUGAUUCUUCAGCUUCACUUUGUUUCAUGAGUGAACUAUUUCAACAAACUCCGAUCCACGCUCAGUUUCAAGUGUUUAUCUUUUUUUAAACUAGUCCAAAAUGGGUAUUAGUUUUAAUAACAAUGUACAAAGAGGCAUAAACAAAAAAAGCUGAGUAAUGCAUGUAUAAUUAAAAACUGAUAGAUUGAUACAUAUCUGCAUCAACUUAUAUCAUAUAAUGUACACACACCCGUACCCAUCCCCAACCCUACUCCAGCACAUUGUAUAAUGAGAUAAAUAUUACUGCAAUAGCCCCGGGUUUAUAGAUAUAGAAAAAUGGAAAUAUUUUUCACAUUGGACACGUUUUCUCACAAAAACAGAAAAUUUCAAAAGAAUCUUUAAAAAAUUGUUUUUGAAUAGUUGAUUAUAAGUAAGAGCAUGCAUACGUAAGAGGAAGAGGAAAAUGUAUUUGUUUCAAUCAAUAUUAGGGAAAUAUAAUGAUAGCUAUAUCUCAAGAAUUUGACUAUGAGUUCGAGUGUUUGCGUGUUGUAGACAUUUAUUGUAUUUACGUAGGUCAUCAUGUAUCAAUGUAUGUGUAUUAUAAAUGACGUAAAUGAUAUGAAAAUGGAAUAAACUGUUUGAAUGUUCGAUCGUUUUGAGUGCCGAACAUUUGGGAAGAAAAACGUAUAGAGUAUAUCUCCCGGGAAUGUGUAUGUUGACAAUUAAAGUCCAGUUUCGUUUAGUGAACUUUCGCUCUAUAUCAUGUUUCAAGGUCCUAGAUGUUCGGUACCUGUUUUUAAGUACAUAAACGCACUCGUGCCAGUAUUCACUGAAAUUCCUUUACUUUCGUACCGCACCAGCACAAUUAUGUAUUUUUUUCAAAAUCGUUUAUUAAGACUUGAGUGCAUGUUGUAUGAAGAUGUGGAUGGCGUUCGUAUUCGUGCAUAAACUGAUUGAUUAAACACUACAGCGCACAAAUGUAUUAGCAAAUAGUCGAAAAUAUUCGUGAGUGACAAUGGCGCUGAAUAGGUUGAAUGACGUUGAAGAUUCAUGAAGAAAUCAGCAAUUUUGUUGGAGCAACGUUUUACAGUACAAAACGAUAUUUUGUUUUCGAGAAAUAUGAGCAUAUAAACACAAUUUAUUAACAUGAUGUUUAUUUGUACAUUCCUUUAAUAUUAUCCUGCAAGAGAUUUGCAUUUAGCAGGGGUGGUGCAAGAGAUGUGCAUCUAGCUGGGGUGGUGCAAGAGAUGUGAGUCUAGCAUGUAUUUUGCAAGAGAUGGUUAUCUAGCAAAAGUGUUGAAAGAGAUGUGAGUCUAGCAUGUAUGGUGCAAGAGAUGGGCAUCUAGCAGGGAUGAUGCAAGAGGUUUGCAUUUAGCAGGGGUGGUGCAAGAGAUGUGCAUCUCGCUAGGUUGG